AUGGUGACAACAAUGGCGAUUCAGGUGAGCUUAGAGGGGAAGAGAGUGGUGUUGGUUCCGUACAUGGCGGAACAUGUUCCAAGGUACCACAACUGGAUGCAGGACGAAGAGCUUCUCCAAGCUACGGGAUCUGAGCCGUUGAGUCUCGAGCAGGAGUAUGAGAUGCAAAUCUCCUGGACUCAAGAUCCCAAUAAGCGGACGUUCAUUGUGUUGGAUAAGGAUUUCAUAAAGGAAGACUUGCUUCAUGGUGAACCUCAUGUAGAAGCCAUGACAGGUGAUGUGAAUAUUUACAUGAACGAUGUGGACGAUCCUAAGGUUGCAGAGGUCGAAAUAAUGAUAGCUGAGCCCGGAAGCCGUGGUAAAGGAUUAGGAAAGGAAUCUGUCUUGAUGAUGAUGGCUUACGCUGUCAAAAACUUAGAGAUUCACAAGUUUACAGCCAAAAUCGGAGACUCAAACUCAGCCUCUCUCAGCUUAUUCCGCAAACUGGGUUUUGAGGAGUCUUCUUAUAGCAAUAUAUUCAAAGAGGUCACACUCGAGUAUAUAGUGACAGAUCUCCGGCGAGCAGAGCUCUUGAAGCUAUUGGAGAAUGUCAUCACGCACACUCUUUCAUCGGACAAUCCAUCAGAUUUGCUGCUAACAGAAGAAGCUAUUGCUUAA